CAGGGACGUCGACAGGACAGACCUCUCAAUUUACAAUUUCAAUUCAAAAUGCAACACACCUGCUAACCCUCUUAAUAAGACAACUAAUUAUUUCUUCCUUCCUCCUCCUCCUCCUCCUCCUAUUCCCCCCUAACCCAUGACGCCCUGGCGGCUGUCCGUGCGGCAACUGCAACCACCACGACCACGACCAGCAAUAACUCGCCGCAUUCUUCUUCCCUCCGUCGCCAAAAUGUCCAUCUCCAACUUCACCAUCCCCCGCACUCUCGACCGCGACGUCGCCGACACCGACUCACUUCCCGUCUCAAGCGCAGCGCAACAACUAUCCCGAGACGAUCUCCUCCGCUUCCCAGCCUUCCGGAUCUGGCUGUCCACCCUGCACCGCUCCCUGAGUCGCCAACAGCACCCCUCCCAUGAAUUCGCCAGCGACCCGUACGUCCUCCGCAAGAUCGAGAUCCAGGCGGCGGACUACUUCGGGGGCGGACGCUUGGGGUUCCUGAAAUUCAAGGCCGAGGUAUCGAACGGGAAUGGGGAGACGCUCCCCGGGAGUGUGUUUCUGCGCGGUGGGAGCGUGGGGAUGUUGCUCAUCCUCCAACCAGACGACGUGUCCCCCACCGCGGAAUCCGAAAAACGCGCCAUCCUGACCAUCCAGCCCCGCAUCCCUGCGGGAUCGCUCGCGUUUGCCGAAAUCCCGGCUGGAAUGCUAGACGACAGCGGGUCGUUUGCGGGCGGUGCCGCGAAGGAGAUCCAAGAGGAGACGGGCCUGACCAUACCCCAGGACGAGCUGAUCGAUAUGACCUCGUUGGCGCUGCAGUCGGGGACGGAGGCUGACGACGGCGAGGCGCUGCAGAGGGCCGUGUAUCCCUCGGCGGGGGGGAGUGAUGAGUUCAUUCCCCUGUUUUUGUGUCAGAAGCGGAUGGCACGCAAGGAUAUUGAGGCCCUGCAGGGCAGGUUGUCGGGGUUGAGGCAGCAUGGGGAGAAGAUCACGUUGAAGGUGGUACCGUUGAAGGAUUUGUGGAGGGAGGGGUUGAGGGAUGGGAAGACGCUUGCCGCGUGGGCGCUGUAUCGCGGGUUGAGGGAUGAGGGGAAAUUGUAGCGGUUUGCGGUUGCCGGCCCCGGUAUAGAGUAGACUGUAGACUGCGCGAUGAAGCGGAAGGAAGUUAAUGCGACGAUGAGAUCCCAUAUCCCUCUAAUGUAUUGCGUCGGUUCUAUAUAUCGACUCUAUACACGCCUCAUCUCAUCAGAGAACCCCACCCCAUAUAUCCAUCCAUCCAUCCCACAAAACAACCUCAAAGCUUAAACCUCUUCGCCAGCUCAAUCCCCUCCGCUAUCGUCCCCACCCUCGCAUCAAUCGCAUACCCCUCCUGCUCCAGCCUCUUCAUUUCCCCAAACAGCCCCGCCAGCGGCACACUAAAGCACUCAAUGAACUCGUUCUC